GGUUCCGCCCACGUUACAGUUUUGUUAACCUUCGCCCACAAUCAGGGAGCCAGUUCAUUCUGUCGCGAUAUCUUCAUCCACACCACACAAAACAUUACUCGGGUGUGUUGACUGCCCACGUUUAAUCUAGUUGUUUUAAGAACAGUAUUAAUAUUUUUUUGCGUAUCGUAAGCUACUAGAAAAAUGCAUUCCGGAGCAUUGGAAAGAGCUGGGUCACCGAGGAAAAGGACGCUUUCUCGGGGAGUGAGCGAGGAUGAGUCACUUCGCAACAUUAUCAAGGAGACGGAGAGUUCGACCAGGCGUCUGACGCACAGUGACAGCAGAGGGGGGACCCUCAAGAGGAGAAGUGGGAGUCAGUCUGUGGAAGAUCAGGAACUGUUGGAACUCCCUGAGAUGAAUGACCUGCAGGCGAGCUACGAUGAUGUGUUGCAGGAGCUGCGUGGGCUGGAGCUGCAGCGGGAGACUCUGUUGUUCCAGGUGGACGUUCUGCAGGACGCCCUGGAGGGGGCCGAGGAGAUGCUGGCUGAGGCCCAGAGAGAGGCCAGCCACGCCACCAUGGAGGUGGAGCGAGAGAGAGAGGCGAAGAGGAAGUUGGAGGACAUUGUCAGUUCUCUGAUGCAGGAGGUGGAGAGGCUAAAAGAGGAGAGGAACACCAUAUCAGCAGUCCCAGUGUACACACUUGUCAAGGAGCAGGAGAGGGAAGAUGAGAUGGCUAGACAACAAGCCCCAGAGAUGAAAAUCGAAAAGGGAGCACAGGAACAAAUCAGGGAUGCACCAAGGGAUGAGGACAAUUCUCGCCAAGAUGCACCUCUCUCUAUUAUCCGAUUGGACAGUGAGGGCCCCGGGCCAAACAAUGGGCUAUCAUCUGAGACCAGCACUGGGGGGCUGCUCGCUUCCUUCUUCAAAAAGGGGAGGGGGGAGCAGCCUUCUGACAGUCUGACCCGGCCCUCUCCUAUCCAUGUUGCCCAGCUGGUGUCCUCUGAGGACGUAGCAGAUGGGGCACAGGACAGCUUCACCAAGUUCACAAAGAUGGUCAACAAGACCUUUGGGCCGUUGUCACUCGGUAGCCAGACCCCCGGGAGCAAUCAGGAGGAGAACGGGCGUGACCUCUCCCCCGACAGGAACAAUGACACAGACAGCAUCAGCGCCUAUGAAGAUGCCUGCGCUGACAUGCCCGAGCUGGAAGAGGGUGACGGGCCAAGGCUGCCUCAUGAUGAAGGCUCCCCAGUAGAUGAUGAGGGAGAUCUGUCGAAUGGCAACGAACCCAAGAGCAUCAAAAACCCCAAUGAAUCUUGCAUUCUGUCGUAAGAGCUGCAGAACUGUUGUGCUACGAAGGAUCAAAUCUUCUCUGAGAUCACUGCUCUCGCGCCGUCCGCCUCUUGAUAAUAUAUGCCAUUUAGCAGACGCUUUUAUCCGAAGAGACUUACGUGCAUCCAUUUUUUUAAUUACGUCUUAUGUUCUUGGACCUGUACUCUCCAUUUACACAUAUAGAAGGGUAGAGUCAAUCUUGGGAGUUGUUGCCAGGCAGCGUGGAAUUCCAGUCAUGUCUACAGACGACUCUAAAGCCAAUCUCUCCCUCCGCAUGUUUGGCACGACUUGCAAGGUUGCACUUACGUGUUUUUUGUGUGCCUCCCCCUGCUGUUCGGCACAAAAGGCAAAUGACCUCUCUCUGUUUCUUAGUGACUGAUAAUCACACAAGACAGUUCAGUGUACGCAAACAAUCAGAUAUAUCAGACCUCUUGCAUUCUAAACAGGCAAACUAUGUGAUUCGUAGAUUAAGACGAUUAUAGUUGUUUUUAUGCUCUUAAGUUUAGACGCUGGCAAGAUUGUAAUCACAAUAGCAGGCAGCCAAGGAGCUAGCUACUAUAUAUUUGAAUAAUUCCAUUUAUGGGUAUAAAACCAUAAUGUUUUCACUGGCCUUCACAGGGACAUUUCAUUUGAUCUUCAAGAAGGAUUUGGUGCCUUUCCUGGCUCACCUUAAUGCAUUUUAUGAAUAUGGAAGAUGAACUUGAAUUUAAUUGAAUCUAGCUUUAGUACGAUACUAGCAUGAUUGAAAAAGUAACGACAUUGCAUUUAAUAGUAAAACUUUAAGGAUACCUGAUAAUGUAUAUGUACAGUAACAGUACUGCAUGCUACUUGUCAGGUCAUGUUUGCACAGUCGCAGUGAAACUACUGAAUUGGUAAACCUUACAUGUUAUUUUGUAUCUGGCAUUGCUGGACAAUGUACCCUUUGUAUUUCUUCUCUCUACCCAUAACAUUAACAUAAAAUCUGAGGAUAAUCUUUUGACUUGGAAAGAGUUACAUAAACAUUGCUACCUAUUCAUCUUUUUAGGAGAUUUUUGCAUAGUCUCAAAGGCACCUUAUUCCCUUUUUAGUGCAUUACUUUUGACCAGGGCAAUAUAAAGGGAAUAGGGUGUAAUUUGGGACGCAUACUUUAUCAACAUUCCUGUCCAUGUUUGACACUAGCGAGGUCAAAUGGAAUUGAUCUGUUUUCCAAUCCUUACCUUGUUGAACAUUUUCAACAGAUACUGCGUUUGUAAUGAACUUGGGGGCAAAUCUUACAAUGCCUUCAACACUAGGUUUUGUGUGUUAGACUUUGUAUCUCAAGUCAGAAUGCAGCUCUUGGUAGUAGGGGUUAAAUGGAUGUCAAGUUCGAAAGCACACUGAAACACACUGAAAUAAUUCCUAACUUUGAUACUUGUGAUGUGUUUUCUAUUCUGUUUCUAUUGCCUGAAUUUCUGUUUCUGCGGGAGAUAGUCUUCAGAAAGUAUUCACACACCUUGACCAUUUCCACAUUUGUUGUUACAAAGUGGAAUGGAUUUAAUUGUCAUUUAUAUUAACGAUCUAUACAAAAUACUCUGUCAAAGUGGAAAAAAAAUCAAAUAACAUUGUAUUACUGGAAAAUAAAACACUAAAAUAUCUAAUUUGCAUAAGUAUUCAACCCCCUGAGUCAAUACAUGUUAGAAUCACCUUUUGGCAGCAAUUACAGCUGUGAGUUUCUGGGUAAGCCUCUAAGAGAUUUGCACACCGGAAUUGUACAAUAUUUGCACAUUAUUCUUUGAAAAAAUUCUUCAAACUCUGUCAAGUUGGUUAUUGAUCAUUGCUGUACAGCCAUUUGAGUCUUGCCAUAGACUUUCAAGACGAUUUAAGUCAAAACUGUAACAAAGCCACUCAGGAACAUUCAAUGUUGUUUUGGUAAGCAACUCCCAUGUAUAUUUGGCCUUGUGUUUUAGGUAAUUGUCCUGCUGAAAGGUGAAUUUGCCUCCUAGUGUCUGUUGGAAAGCAGACUGAACCAAGUUUUCCUGGAGGAUUUUGCCUGUGCUUAGCUCUAUUCCUAGUUUAUUCUGUACAGGCUACCUUCUUUCCACUUUGUCAUUUUAUGUUAGUAUUGUGGAGUAACUACAAUGUUGUUGAUCCAUCCUCAGUUAUCUCUAUUCACAGCCAUUAAACUCUGUCACUGUUUUAAAAUCACCAUUGGCCUCAUGGUGAAAUCCCUGAGCAGGUUCCUUACAUUCCUUAAAGAAGGGCGACUGUACUUGUAGUGACUGGGUGUAUUGAUACACCAUACAAAGUGUAAUAACUGCACCAUGAUCAAAGGGAUAUUCAAUGUCUGCUUUAGUACGAUCUACCAAUAGGUGCCCUUUGCGAACCAUUGGAAAACCUCCCUGGUCUUUGUGAUUGAAUCUGUGCUUCAAAUUAAUUGCUUGACUGAGCAACCUUAUAAUUAUCUGUAUAUGUGUGGGGUACAGAAAUCAAAUCAAAAUGUAUUUGUCAUGUGCGCUGAAUACAACAGGUGUGUAGACCUUACAGUGAAAUGCUUACUUACAGGCUCUAACCAAUAGUGCAAAAAAGGUAUUAGGUGAACAAUAGGUAGGUAAAGAAAUAAAACAACAGUAAAAAGACAGACUAUAUACAGUAGCGAGGCUACAUACAGGCACCGGUUAGGCUAAUUGAUGUAGAAUGUACAUGUAGAUAUGGUUAAAGUAGCUCUCGGAGAUGGGGUAGUCAUUUUAAAAAUCAUGUUGAACACUAUUGCAAGUCCAUGCAACUUAUUAUCUGACUUGUUAAGCACAUUUUUACUCCUGAACCUAUUUAGGCUUGCAAAAAGAAAGGGUUGAAUACUUAUUGGCUCGACAUUUCAGCUUUUCAUUUUCAAAUAAUUUGUAUAAAUGUAUUGAAACAAUUUCAAAUUGACGUUAUGGAGUAUUGUGUGUAGAUCUGUGACACAAUCUCAAUUUAAUCCAUUUUAAAUUCAGGCUGUAACACAACAAAAUGUGGAGAAAAUUUGAGGGGUAUGAAUACUUUCUGAAGGCACAAUAUGUACUUUACUCGGGAGGUUUCUAAAUGUGCAAUACAACCUGUUAUGUUGGUGAAUGGUUAUGUCUUAGCUAAUGUUCCUUGAUGUCACAAUUUAUCUUGAACAAUUUAGGUAUUUUUUUCUGAAAGCAACUGUUUGAUAUAAAAGUAGUUUUUCAGCAGAGUCUUGGCACAAAGUGUGUGUUAUUUCAGCAUGCCUCUGCUAAUGUAAAUUUGCACUAGUUUUGUGAUUUGCACUUCCAAACAGGGUUUGCUGCAUCAUAUUAUGUUCUAAAAUGGCAACAAAAAAAAUAUGGGAAAAACAUGUUCCUGAGUGGUAAUGCUUAUGCUUUAUCAUAUUUUCACCAUAUAGUUCAAGUAUGUAUUUUUUGAAUGAAUUCUAUUCUUUUAAAGAAUAAAUAUUUUGUAAAGUG